GCUGCGUAGUCCCCACAAGCAAGUGCAAGUCCCAUCGCAGCUGGUGGAGUCCAGAUCUCUCGACUAUGGCUGGUGGUGGGUGCUUCAGCCUGGUGGCUUUCUUGGACGGACGCCUCCGCCGGACAUUCGUGGCGGCGGGACUUGAUCGGGCGACUCUUCAAGUGGACAACGAGACCACCAUCCACUGCUGGGUCCCCUCGGGAGGGAGAGGAAGAAAACCGGCGCUGCUACUCCUCCACGGCUUCGGCCCAACGCCCACAUGGCAGUGGCACCACCAGGUCGCGGCCCUCUCCCCGCACUUGGAUCUUUACGUUCCGGAACUCGUCUUCUUCGGUGAGUCAACGACAACAUCGCCGGAGCGCUCCGAGGUCUUCCAAGCGGAGUGCAUGGCCAGGCUGAUGAGGAAGCUCGCCGUCGACCGCUUCUGCGUCGCCGGCACGAGUUAUGGGGGUUUUGUGGCGUACCACGUCGCCCGUCUCUAUCCUGAAAUGGUGGAGCGGGUGAUCAUCGCAAGCUCGGCCGUGAACAGGAGGGCGGGAGACGACGGCGAGUUCUUGAAGAAGGCGGGGGCGGAUGACGUCGUAGACGUGCUGCUGCCAAGAACAGCGGAUGGGUUGCGGUCGCUCCUGAAACUCGUCUUCUACCGGCCGCCCUUUUUCCUCCCGAAUUUCUUGUCCAACGAUUUUAUCCACACGCUGUUUACUGAAGGCAGGCGCGAGAAGCUGCAACUUUUGAAGGCAAUCACUCUCGGGAAAGAAGGCCGGUGCAACCUUACCCCUCUUCCACAGGAAGUGUUGAUCAUGUGGGGAAAGUUCGACCAAGUAUUUCCGCUGGAGAAGGCUUACGAUCUUCAAAAGCUUAUCGGGGAGAAUGUGAAGCUGGAAAUUAUGGACAAGACUUCACACGUACCACAGAUGGAGCAGCCUGGUAAAUUUAACGGCGUUGUGUUGCAGUUUCUCCUACAGGCAAGAAGCGACUUCCACUUGGACGGUCUCGAAAAGAAGAAAAACGGACAUGACGACAAUCGGUCGACGACGAAGAAUGCAUUUCCGUCUGUGGAAAUCAAUGCGGGUACACCGGCAAGCUACGUUGCCGGCAACGUUUAACCAAUUUCCGUUGAUCAUGGAUCGCGGCGUCCUCCCCUUCCCUUCCCCUACCGUCCUUCCUUUAAUAGCGCCGUCAGUCCUGGUGUGCAAUGUUUCUGUGACUUGAAUAACAGUAGGAGAUCCGGUCACCACAAACAAGCUCUAGUGCUUUUUUUCUCCUUUUCGGCUUUUCCUCAUUUUUUUUCAA